CUGCUAAAAGGCGCCCGCAACCCCGCGAGCCAGGCCACCAAAUCGUCGCGUCCCAAACUCGAUCGCACCGCACCGCACCGCACGAGGGAUCACGAUCGAAGAAGAGGGCACGAUCGCAGCGCAGCGGCGCCAGAGUUCAAAGCGCGCCCUGUUCGAGGAGCAGUAGCCAUGGCGCACCACGCAUCGGCGGCGACGGCGCAGAAGCGGAAGUGCCCCGACGGGGAGACGGCCGGCAUGUGCGCCGGCGGCUGCGGGUUCUUCGGUGCCGCCGCCACCGGCAACAUGUGCUCCAAGUGCUACAAGGACCACGUUCUCGCCGCCUCGACCGCGCCUCCGGAGAAGAAGGCCAAGAUGACCGUCUCCGUCGCGUCAGCCGAUGCUGCAGUCGAAAUCGAACCCUGCGUGGCGUCCGCGAAGCAGCCGGCGGUGAGGGCGAGCCGGUGCGCGGCGUGCCGCAAGAAGGUGGGGCUGCUGGGCUUCCUGUGCCGCUGCGAGGGCACCUUCUGCAGCGUCCACCGCUACUCGGACAAGCACGACUGCGGAUUCGACUACAAGACCGCCGGCCAGGAGCGAAUCGCCAAGCACAACCCCGUCGUGGUCGCGGACAAGAUGACCGGAAGGAUCUGAAGCCCACAAGACCGGCAGAAUCGACCAGACGACGAAACCAUCGAACAUGUGACGUUCGUUGUCGCCAAACCUGUAAUCAGUCUUGGAAAUGAACUUGUAAGAUCAGUUGAUUGAUUGAGUUCUUGUAAAUUACAUAGUCUGGGAAGUGAAUUUGUCCGAUCCGUUGAUCGGUUGAGUUCUUGUAAAGUACAUUAUGCAUCCUUUGUAGUAAUAAUAAUGAAAUUGGUGAUCACAUGUUGUUGAGGUGCUCAUUUGCAAGGAUGAUAUGUAGUACUAUCUUGCAGUGUGCGUUAAUUUUGGAAAUGCGGUAGAUAAUAUGCAUGGAUUUGUUUAGCUCAUGGUUGCCUACGUUUGUACUAAUAAACAAAGAAACUAUUAAACAUUUUAGGUAUUGUGGCACUAUACUGAACGAUUUGGAGAUGUAGGAGUGAGCUUGCUUUAAAAAUGAAAAAGGAUUUGUAACGUCUCCAACGUAUAUAUAAUUCGCUUUGAAUUGGUUGAACUCCUCAUCAGUUCAGAUAAUUGAUACGUCUCCAACAUACAUAUAAUUGUAAACUAUUCAUGCUAUAUUCACAUCAAUUAUAUAUGAUCUUGGCAUAUUUUUAUAUAACAUUUAUUGGAUUAACAUAUUAUUCUAGUGCCAAUGCAAGUUUUUGUUUCCUAGUGUUUUUGCACAUUCCAGAAAAGGAAUUUUUGGGAGCGGAAAAAAU